CCCGGGUCCCGCCUGCAGGCGCCGGGAUGCUGCUGUCGCGGGCGGGCGGUGUGGCGGGCCGGGUCCCGCCGCCGCUGGCCGCCCUGUCCCAGGUGCUGCGGCUGGAGCAGAGCCGCCGCACCGGGAUCAUGUUCCCGCUGCAGAAGCUGGAGCGGUACCUGGCGCCCGGCACCGACACGGCGUGGUUCCACAUCUUCGAGCCCGGGCUGGGCGCCCUGCAGCGCGCCGAGGCGCUCUUCAGGUCCAGUCAGGGCCACCCCAUCGACUACGUGAGCUCCGCCGUCCGCAUGGACCACGCCCCGCCGCCCGCCCUGCCCGAGGUGUGCUUCAUUGGCCGAAGCAAUGUGGGGAAAUCAUCUUUAAUCCGGGCCUUGUUUUCACUGUCUCCAGAAGUGGAGGUCAGAGUGUCAAAAACUCCGGGCCACACCAAGAAGAUGAAUUUCUUCAAAGUAGGGAAGUACUUUACUCUGGUGGAUAUGCCAGGAUACGGCUACCGCGCCCCGCAAGACUUUGUGGAGAUGGUGGAGGCCUACCUGCAGGAACGGCGCAACUUGAAGAGGACUUUUCUGUUAGUUGAUGGUGUAGUUGGACUCCAGAAAACAGAUCAUAUUGCAGUAGAGAUGCUGGAAGAGUUUGGAAUUCCUUAUGUGAUGGUGUUAACCAAAAUUGACCGAGCUGCCCGGGGACUGUUGUUAAAGAAUGUACUGGGGAUCCAGGAGUUUGUAAAGGAGAACACUCAGGGAUGCUUUCCUCAACUGUUCCUGGUCAGUUCUGUGGAGUUUUCAGGAGUUCACUUGCUAAGGUGUUUUGUAGCCCACGUUACUGGAAACCUACCUGCUGUAGAGACCAGCUGAAAAGACUGACUCCUGAUCUGCUCAGCUCAUCUGGAACAAAAGUAGGUGCAGUGAGAUCGCAUGCCUUGCUUGCAUACAUCGAGUUGUCCCUGUUCCAGAUGAGUGAAGGAAAGGACACAUCUUCAAUGGGAUCUACUCUUUGAUCACUGUUGGCUUGAAACAGUGAAAUGAAAGACUGGCCAUCUGGAGGAACUCUCUUUUUCUGCACAUUAUCAUCAGUCAGUGCUGCAUUUCUGUUCUCGAUCCAGCAUGAAGUUCUGCAUCUGCACUUGGAUGAAUUGCCAGAUCUGAGACCUGUUGUCCAUUAUCUGUGUCUGUUCUGCCCUGGCAGCUGAAGCACAGUACUGAUGUGUCCCAUACUCUUUAGGGGUACUGUAGCAGCUCAGAGAACUGUGUCCCACACCAGCUGUGUCUGACUAAGAGCACCUGAAACUGUGAAGUUUACGAGGUACAGAGUCAGACAGAAGGAGAGCUGUCAAUAGCAGCAGUCAUGCAGGAGAACUUAGACCAAAGCUAUUAAGUGCCUGUGUCAAACUCUGGCACUCGGACUUUGUCAUGUCUUAACGUGGCCAAAUAUGGGUGUGCAGUUCUCCAGGUUACUUACAUUAAGUGUUUAAACCUCAUGAAAGGGCAGUUUUUUCUAAACCACUCUGAGGGUGAGAAGGUGACAUUUAUAGCCCUUUCAUUAUGCAACUUCUUGUAACUCUCAGACUAGACAUGAGGUGUGAGGCUUGUUUUCAGCACUCAUGUAAGAAGUGGGGAAUGUGAUAAAUGCAGUAGAAAGACAUGGCUCUCUAGCUUCUGCAUUUGAACAGUAAUUAAACCUGUAAGUCUCUUAAUGUUUUACCUCUAAUCCCAAAAUGCUACAGGGCAAACCAGCCCGGGGGAUGCAUGAUCCUAGGGGAAGUGCAGUAGUAUCUAGACAGAUGGAACAGGUGAAAGUGAACACUUCAGGAAGAAUUCUUAGUAUUUUAAAACCAGGAUUUUUGAAAAGCAUUGGUCUUGUCAUGGCUGUCAUGUCAUUCUGAGCAUUUUGCUCGGCCAUUUGCAGGCAAGAACAACACAGUUGGAUUCUUGAGUGCAACAGUGCCCCUGUGACAAGUGACAAGUAAGACAGCAAAUAAAAGCAAGUCCUCUCCUUUACUUAAACAGU